AUCUAUUCGAUCGACCUGAUGUAGCCGCGACCGCAUCACUUCGCCGUCAAAAUGGCAGUGCAAGUUGGAAAAUUCUGUUCGGGUUGAUUGUCGUCAACAAAAAUAUUCAACGAAAAAAGUGUGAGGUAACAGCCAUCGGAAACAUUGGAUAGUAGGGCACCGUCAAGCCUGUACCAAUUUAGAACCAGUAAUCACUUUCGCCAGCCAUGGAUGACGACAGUGAGUACCAGGACGGGGAGAUAGUAUGGGUUAAGCUCAGCUAUUGCUGGUGGCCAGGAGAGGUAUUUUCUGGCAGUCGGUUAACGGAGGAAUUUUUGUCCUCGCUUAAACGCCGACCGUUGGCCGUGGUGAAGUUUUUCGAGGAGGAUUCAUACGAAUUUGUAAAGAAUGCCAAUUUCAUCUAUAGAUACAACUGUGCCCGAAAACAUGAAUUUCUUCGUAAAGGAUUAGAACAAUAUCGCACCAAGAACAAGCACAUGGAGAAAUUUCCAGCUGACGUAAUGCAUGCCGAGAGAGCUACCGGAGGCGAUCCAAACAUUGUCAACUCAACUGAUUUUUUGCCUCAGAAACGGGAAAGUUAUGCAGCUCUAUUUCAGUCUGAUAAAUCGAAAGGGAAGGGAAAAAUUGUAACAACGCCUCGUCCGGGCAGGAAGCCCGGAUCACCGAGUAAGAUAGUACCGGUAAUUCCAGUACGCAAGCAUGAAGUUCGUAUACUAGCUCAGUCAUCAUCAUCUACCGGUAUCGGCACCAAUCGCCGCGUUGCCCAGACAACACCGUCUUCUAGCCAGCCGUUGCUGUUGCCAUCAACUCCAAGGCCUUCCACUGCGAACCACUCGCUUAAUUCAUCCAGCGGUCUGGGAACACCUUUCGGAACUGCUUCGGCAUUGGAUUCGUCUGCUUCACCUUCCCAGACUUAUAACUGUCAUAAGUGUGGAUUUGAAAGUGGCCGACAGAACGUGAUUCUGGUGCAUAUCAAAUACUGUCGGGCCAUUCCGAUGGUACCUUUGAGUGUUCCACCGUCGAGAGGCAUAGCACCCAGAUCCGUGACUAGCACACCCGAGAAAAAGAUUCCAGAACUGAGUCCGGCAAAAACGCCUACACCGGUAGACGCCCAGGCAAUCGUCACGGAUGUUGAAAUUGUUAAUAAUCCGGACGAACUGGUGGAAGUUAUUCAAGUGAUAGAACAUUCACGUGGUCGGACAAGUCGGGCGCUCAGAGCGGCCGCAUCAACAGUAACUCCUAAAACGUCCGACCGCCGCAGAAAUCGUGGCCGUGGUAAAACAGCUGCCCCAACUGCGCUUGAAGAUGACGAUAAAAUUGAUCUUCUACCGGAAGUUGCUGAAGAAGCGGUAGCUCAAAAUGACUCUCAUGUUGUCCAGAAACAUGUUUCCGAAUCUCCCGGAGAUAAAUCGGAAAAAGAUUUCAAGUCCAAAUCGGAUGUAGAGCUGAAGAAUGAACUACUAGCAGACUGGAGUGAAGAUGAACAGGAGGACCAUGAUUGUGAGUCACCCAAGGAAGAUACGGGUUCAAAAAUGGGUAUACUAUCGGUUGAAGAGAACCGAUCGGCUGUCGCAGAGGCGCUAGCCGCCAAUUCGACUAGUACCGAAAUUAAUUUGGACAAGUCCACAGAAUCUUCACCACAAAUCGCAUCACCAGUUUCGUCAGGAGCUACAAUCAAAUAUCGAAAUAUUCCGAAAAAACAGAAACGAGAAUUUAUCGAAGUCACAAACGAUCAGCCGGUGAUUCCGAGCGGGGGUACGAUUGAAAAGUCUUCUAGUGAAAGUAGUAUCAGUACCGCUGCGACCUGUGGUGAGACACUGAGUGUCCCGGACAGAACGCCCACAUCAAGCGAAAGUUUAGCAUUGGAACGCCCGAUCAGUGCAAAGCAAAGAAUAUUGGACCGAGCAACACGUAUUUCGAGUAAAUCUGUAAGCAGCGAUGAACAAAAAUCCGAAUCGCCAACAAAAGUCGCUCCUAUGGAAAUCCAAGCGGAGGAAGAAUCUAGGAAAGAAACGUCCUGCUUUGAUUUCAAGGAAGAGGAAGACGAUGAAGUGAUUCUCAGCAAAUCUCCAAGAAGAUCACUUUCCAACAAGCGUGACACUUCGCUGGAACUUAACGUGCUAGAAGAUGCUGAAAAAGACAGAGCGAAAAAAGAUGCAUUGCUGAAGAAUGAAAUCGAUUCUCUCCUGUGCGAAACCAGCGUUCCUACAUUACCGGAAAUACCCGGAGGUACGAAAAUUCUUUCCCCUGGAACAUCAACCGAAGUCACUCCACCGUCAAAGGAGGAUCGUACGCUUCCCCCAAAGGAACGAGGUAAGCGUAUUUUCAAGACCCGUAACAAAAUCAUCGAGAAUGAAGCCAUAGCCCUGGAGCAGUCGAAAGCGAUUGUUUUGGAUUUUGUGAAAAAAUCACACGAACAGGAACUGGCAGAACUACGGGAGCAACAGGAAGCGGAAGCAAAGUUAACCUCGGAGUCGCCAACCACAACCAACGAUGACUCUCAAGAAUCUGUUCUUUCCAGCGAACCAACCCGAUUUGAGAACUCGGAAUUUGCCGCUAUUAAAGCUAAACGAACAAAACUUCAACAGGUUGGAAAAUUCACAGUUUCUUCCGAUACCAAUAAAGACACACCUCAAGAGUCGGCGGUCAGUUCUAGUAAUGAAACUAAGUCCGCAGAAACGGAAACGUCGUCUGCCGCAAUCAGCAAGGAUCAGGUUGUUUCAAAAUCUCUUGAGAAAGUUCCAUCGGUCAGUAAGAGUCGCAAAGGUAGGCAACGAAAAUCUGGUACUCCUGUUUUGGAAGAUGAGAAAGAACAGAGAAAAUCAACGGAGCUGGUAACCUCGUUUGUUGAAGAAACGAUUCCUAAGGUUCGAAAGAAGAGGGGUGGUGAGCUGCAAAAUCUAGAUAUGACGGUUCUUGAUAUUCCGCGGUCUCGUAGAAGCAGAGGAUACAAAGUAGAUGAUACUGUUUCGACUGAGCCAGAGCCUGUUGUAUUGAAGGAUGAGUCCACGUUGCCAAUUACACCAGACAAACACCGAAGAUUCAAGCGAUCCAAAAUAGUUGAUGAAGAAAGGAAAGAUGUUACGGAGAAGAUCGUCGAUGAACAGCAAUCAAUCGAAAUCGCACCAGAAGAAACUCACGAAGAAAUCAAAAGUAGUAGGUCAGUGCGAUCGAAACAAAAACAACAGCAGUCAGCAGAUUCCACAGCCGAACUGCCUGAUGAGCCUGCGGUUGUCCUCCGUUCAGAUUUUGAGAAACAACCGGAAGAAGAAACUCUUUCCACACCCAAACAGCAGCCCAUCAAAAUGAUAAUAAAAUCUAAGGGCAGGAAAUCUAACUCCGAGCUUGUUUUCGAUCCGGUCGUUGAACCAUCUGAACCAGAAGAAGAAGAAGUUAAGGAAAAACUGCCAAAGUCACCGAAAAGUUCCAAAAGGAAAAAGACUUUCGUUGAAGAAGAACAACAUUUGGUUUCCGAGGUUGUGAUGCACGCUGAGCCCGCAGGGGAAAAUAAAUCACCGAAACUUAAACGACCCAAGUUCCGAAAAGUUCUAUCGAAAACAGCUGAAGAGUUUGGUGCGAUGUCUGCUGGUCCCAGUGCUACCGAUCUUCAAAUUGCCGAGGCCUUGAUCAAUCUUCCGGAGACGGCUCCGCAUAAUGUAAUUGUUCUGGAGCAAGAACUAACUGAAUGCAAACCGAAUAGCGUUUCUCCCGCUCAAGCAACAUCGAAAAGUAUCAAUCCUCGAAAACGCCAUCUACAAACUCAUCUGAUGAGUACGGUCGAAACCGGAGAUCAGCCCAAAUGCGUUAAUAGUGCAACCAUUCCAGACAAAAAGAAACGAGAUGAGGUCCAAAUAGUCAAUGUUGUCCCGGCCACUGUUGCCGCCAUCGUUGUAAACGAACCGGUUUGGAACCAACCAAUCGCUGCUAGACAAUCAACGGAUGAUGAUAAAUUUGACAUUGAUAACAUACCUAUCGUAAUGGAUGACAGUGAGCUGUUGGAAGAUGCAACAAUUUCGACAACAACCAGCUCCAACAGCACUAAGAUAAUAACCCCUUUGAAAACAGUUACCGUCGAUGAUAACGGUGAUGAUGAUGAUGGUGGUGAUGACGUCGACGAUGAUGUGAAGCUAAUUUCCACGACAAAACCUAUGACGAAGAAGAUUGUGAUCGUGAAAAGUAGCAAUGGUUCUUCGAAAAUAAUUCCUGCUCGUGAAAAAUCACAAAAUGUUGCUUCACCAGUUCCAAGGAGAAGCCAUGGUAUGAAAUCCACCACCGACACCCAACUGACGACGGCGGCGGAUCAUCAUUCACCGAAUAAAGUGCGAUCACCGGCCCAUUCACCACCGAUGCGAUCAGCACAGCUGGUACAGGCCAGUAGCGGUGGACAGAUUGUAAUCACUAGCAAGGGAACCGUGCUGACAACGCAAUCUCCAGCCACAUCUUCGGUUAAGACCAGUGUUUCGAUUACACCCAAAACUCAGACAAUCCAUUCAACCAGUAAAAGUCCGACGGUUUCGACGAUCUGCAGUGUGAGCACUAUUAGCAGCUCAACAUCCAAGACACAUUCUAUGGCAAGCAGUCCCACAAGUCCACGAAUUAGCAGCAAUAGCGCGAACUCAACGAAAGUUAAAUCCCCAAUCAGAAUCAGUGUGCAGUCCCAGGAAAUCAUUCAUCCACAGACAAAGCCACGAAUCAUAACCAAAUCGAAUGAGGUUUCACCGAUUAUUCAGAAGGUUGAUCUGUCUCCGACUAAAAAAUCUCCAGUCAGUACGGCUCCUCCAAAGAAAGCACUUAUCAAAAAGCUAUCCGAGGGUGGUUCGCUCAGCGGAGGAAAGCCAUUGUUUUCCACUUCCAAAGGAGCACCAAUAACACCUCAAACGGCAACAACGUCGGCUGUGAAUCCUGGAAAGAAGGGUCAUCGAGUGAUCAAAAUAUCGCCUCAGAAACUAAAAGAAUUUACGCGUCUUGGAAUGGUUGAAGAUAAAGGUCAAGGAAAAGUACUGACAGCAAGUGGCAUGAAAAAGUUUCGCCAAGAGCAACAACUACUCCAGCAGCAACAGCAGCAGCAGCAGCAACAACAACAACAACAACAACAACAGCAAACACCCAAAUCAGUAAAACCGGAUAAAGUUUUUCGAACAGAUUCCGGCGAUGAGGAGCCGUCAACAUCUACACCGACGCCACCACCACCACCACCUAUCGAUAGUCCUGCGGAAGUGGUUGUUGCCGCAGCAGCGGAUUCCUCUGUAAAAGAAAUUCCUACGAUAUUAUCUAAAGCCGAAGAAUCGACACCACCCGAGUCGUCAACACAAUCUCCCGUGAAACCAGAGUCGCCUGCAAUGGAAGCGUCUUCUAAGCCAGUAUCCAAUGAAGAAAACGAAGCCGACGCUGCUGUUAGUGAUGAACGAGAGCCAGAACUAGAAAGUGCCUCCGUAGAGACAGUUACAGGAGAAUCAGUUCCUUCGGAAUUAGGAACGUCCGAAGCAAGUGAAUCUGUUCCGGCAGUCGCCAUUGCGACGGAAGCCCCAGUUGAGACGACCGAGUCUAGUUCCAAUGUUCAAGAAUCAUCCCAGUUGAUAGCGGUUCCGGCCGAAAAUUUCGGUGGACCUGCCAAUCUCUUUUAUUUGUGUUCGGUUCGAGAGGAAGGUUUCGUUCCUGUCAAUAACGAGCUCCUCUAUCUAGACUCCUCCAAUCAGUUGGUUGCUCUACCGGAGCAGACUUCGGUGGAGGAUAUUGUGAACCAGGCGGAGGUGCUGGAGAUACCUGCCGGUAGCGAACAGGCUACGAUGGUGACGGCUGCCACGGCCGGUGAUAUUGAAGGGGCAAUCGAAGGUCAACAAAACAUCUUGCUCAACACGCAGGAUGGACAGCAAAUCAUACUAGAUCAGCAAAGUUUGAUGGCACUGGCAGCCGGUGGGGACACUUCACAGCUGCUUACUCCCGACGGACAGCAGAUCCUUUUGCAAGGUUCGGCUCAAGAGCUGCUGGCAGCACUUGCGGUUAGCCAACCAGGCCUUGGAAUCGUGGCCGCCGAAGGCACUCAAAUAAUUGUAGCACCAGAAUCGUUGAUCGAUCUGCAAGAUACACCACUACCCGGGGAAAUAAUUCAGGUCAACCCGAACACUACGGUUGAGACAAAUGCAGUGCUCACAAAGCCACCAAUAAUGUCGACCGUGGAGGUUCCCACCAAGAAUGGAAACUGCGGGGAACCAUCCUCCCAUUCGCCGGAGCAGAAGGUGCUGGAAACGGCAUCGACGAAUCUCGACGAAAGUCUGGCCGCCGUUAUUGGUGUCUCAACGCACUCACACGUGCCCACCUCCCUUGAGCUGCCGAUCACAGUAACAAAUCCGGUCAUUGCCAAAACGACGACCAGCAAAAUUAAUACAAUUUUUCCUCCGACGACGGCAAUCUCCGCAAUUGGUAUAGACCCGGCAGCGUCAGUGAUUGAACUUCCAACGGUAGCACAAACAGGUACAGAUAGCUCCCAAGUUGACACACUCGAGAAUAGUUCUAGUAGCGAUGCAAAAAUUGAUCUAGAUCGGUUGUCGAUCAGGACAGGUCAACCCGAACAGCUGAUAGAGACUAAUGGUAAACCAACCGAGGUAGACGACGGUGAUAAUCGCGAAGUCGAUAAUGAGAACGAUCUCGACGAGAUCAUUCCUAAUACUCCGGAAUCUCAAAUGAACAGUCACGCUGAGAUAUCGUCUCAGUUCAGUGACGAUGAAUCAGAGGCACCGGUACCAAUUCCAAGCGUCGCCGAAGACGACGAAGAUGACAACAGUUCGAAUUGUAGUGAGAUCAUUCCAAUCCAACCGAACGUGGUUAUUUUACGGAAUGUCAAUAGCGAACUGAUUAACAACAAUGAUAACAGUAGUGAUAUGGAAAUCGAACACACUAAUCCAACUUCAGGAAACGAAGAGAAUAAUCCUGUUCAGUCAUCGAAUCCGGAAGUGGCAGUAUUCGAGGGCACUCACAACAGUGCCGUUGUCGAGAGAUAAUAUCUAGCAGGUGGUAGUGGAACGUUCCUAGAUUUCACCUCAUUAGCACAGGCAGAACUAACUGGCAGUCACUAUGGUAUCCCACCAGUAGAACUAUCAUUUUUGCCAGUACCAAUUACUUCUGCCACUGGUCAGCAACAACGACCAAAAAUGGCACGAUCUGCUGCUAGUUCGGUUGGCAGUACUUCAUCUACACAUCCAUUCUUAUCUCCAUCGACUCCGUUGUCCGAAUGUACUGCCAUCACUACAAUCACCAACAAUAGCAACAACAGUAACAACAAUAGUAGCAGCAAUGCCAUUUUUUCAUCAUCCGAGCAUCUGUUCUUCUAAAAUACGCCACCGUAGGGCGUUUUCUAUAGAACACCUCACAUCCAUCAAAUCAAUUUGGGACUAAGAUCUAUGGAAAAUUGAAACCAUUUUCAAUUCGAUUCAAGCCGUUAUGGAAGCCUAAGAUGAAUAUUUCUCUACCAAGUGGGAAAAUUGUCCCUUCCAUGCGAUGAUUUGCCGCUUAUUGUUCCCACGACAGCGUGGGGCACACUUGUACAUAUGGAAAAGGCCCUAGUGAUAGGAAAACGUAGUUUUGUUAGUUAAUAUUAUUACUUUGAAUGCUUAUCUAUUUCGUUAAUCCCGUUCGCUCUAAUUUCGUUUCACCUUUUUUUGUGUAUGUGUGUUUAGAUCAAUCAUUUUCCUUUGCAUACCAUAUAUUCUCAUGAACCUUCAAUGGCUUGUAUAGAUACUUCAGCAGCGAAUGAGUUUUAUUUUACCAAUUGUGCAAAUUAAAUUGUAUGAUUUUAAAAAUACAAACUGAAUAUUGUUUUAAGCGCUGCAGUGCUGGAAUGAGCUGUGUAAUUCCGUCACUCAAAAAAAACCAUUUAUGCAGGAAUAUUUGAUGACCAGGGGCUUUGAAUCAAUUGAGAUUUGCGGCAAAGUUUUACCAGUUGUUAAAAAUUGAAAUUUACAGAAAAACAUAGGAAUUAAGACAAUUGUAACAUAAGUUUCUACACUACACUGAAAAAGCAGUGAGAGAUUGUAAAUCUCUUUUAUUAUGUAUUUUGUGUAUUUCUCUCCCCCAACCCAAAACAUGUGGAGUAUGGUAGUCAUUACAUGCCGUUUCUCCAGUGGGCUGCUUCGCUUCGGAGAGAAGAAAUGUUGGCUUUCAAGCAUAGAUUAUGUAGUGGUAUACAUUUAGUUAUUACUUUCGAAACCGUACACAUAAAACAAAACUAUUCAUAUAAACUCAUACUAUCCAGUAGCGCGUUCAAAUGUUGACAAGUCUUCGGAGUCGCUGCAAAUGGAAUUCGCUCGUAAGAUUUCUGUAUGGUGGCAUCGAUUUUAAGUAAAGCUAGUGACUUUCUGCGAUGGUUUGUUUGGUGAUCACGAAUGGAGUGAUGUUUUUGCCGCGUCUACUAUCGUAACGAUACACACAUACAUAUGUACUACACUUACUAUUACUGAUAUGUAUUUAUAAGUAUGUACUGUAAUAGUGAUUGCAAAAUAAUAAAUGUUUAGCGAAUACAUUAU